CGCGCAUGCCACUGAAACGUAAAGGCCAAAUUCUGGGUACAAAGCACAUCCCUCAUCGGCCUCGGUCUUGUUGUGGUGUCCUACCUAACUGUAACGCCAAGGAGGGAAGUCUCUCCAGCGCUUUUGAUCGCUAUGGAUCCUGCGAAGCGUCGUUCGCGUACGGUGGAAACGCGGAGCCAAACAGAUUCUGUUUAUGCACCGACACGGGCACACUCAACGUAUGAACCAUUAAGCCCGGAAGACGAUCCAUUCUCGCCACCCAUUUACUCUCCAGGCGAUGCUCCCUCCCGCACCCCAGGCCAAUCCUCUGGUGGCAAACAAGACACAUAUCCGCCCUCGAUGGCUAGGAUCUCAUCUUAUGACCCGCCCCCUGGAAACCCCCGCACAGAGCCCGUGAAAAUGGGUGAUGAGGAAACUGGUGCAGGUACUGGAUGGGAUGUGUAUGCUGACUUCAAUAAUAGCGGCCCAAGGUACUUGGGUGCUGGGAAUCUCAGUACCGCGAUCAUGGCUUCCACGCGUGAAGGGUACCGAGCCCUCACGCCAGAUAGUACAAAACGUCGUUAUGAUGAAAUGGCCUCGACGACGUCUGAUGGACCUGUUGAAAUGGUCACGGUCCCAGCCUUCGGCCCUGAAUGGAGAAAAGAUGAGCUUUGGGCGAUGAGCACACGGGGGCGAGCGGAGGAGCGGUCAUACCGACGGGGAUUGGCGUGGAAAGAAUGGACGAGUGAUCGCAGGGGACUCUUCGGGAAGAAAUGGCUGACGAGGAAAGUGAUUGUGUGGUUCACUUUCGGUUUGGUCAUACUGAUUGCUGUAUCACUGGCGCUCUUCCUCCCACGAGUGCCCUCCUUCGGCUCAAAUCCCAAUUCGCCCUUGACUACGCAACAAGGCUCCAAUGUCCCCGUCCCCAGUUUCACCAAUGGGCCAGUAGCUAAUUUCACGUUCCCGGCUGCUCUCGACCUUGAGAUGGACACCGGUGGAAAUAUCAUUCCUAUCCACAUCAACAAUAUUCACGCUGAGAUUUAUCUGAUUGACACAAACAAGCUAAUUGCUACCGGAGACACGGGUGGAUUCACGCGAUCUCCUGGGAAAACUAAGCAGUUAAACAUCGAUGUUAGGUUCAAUUACGCUGCGGACAAUACUUCUGAUCAGACAUGGGCCUUGGUUCAUAACGCCUGCAAGAGCUCAACAUUCUACCCUUCAGGGAACAGACCAGGGCUUAACCUCUUCAUCCUCCUGACAUUGCACAUCCGAGGAUUGAUCAACCCCCCGCGAACUUCCACCUCUAUCUCAAAUGUUAACUGCCCAAUAGAACUUCCCACCUCGAGUGCGUAGUUGCCGCAUGCAGGUCCUAUUGCGUCCGCUCUGCCUUGUUUAUGCACUGUCAUCACCCUUUGGGCACAUUUCAUCCCUUCUAUUUUCCUUGACUCAAACAUGGACUCUUCCUGCAUUCCCAUCUUGGUGGACACAGAACCCCCACUGUACGAUCAGAUUAUUCAUACAUAUAAUCUAUAAACAUAAGCACGGAACUGGUUGUAUUUGUGUUCGCAAACGGUGGUACUGGAAAUGGCUGCUGCGCCGCCCUGACCUUGCUUGCGGCCAGGUUUUGUA